CAGACCCAGGUCUGGAAUCUCCCGAGUGGGGCGGUCUUGGCGGGACUGAGCCAAGGAAACGCGGUAGCUUUCGAUUUCUUUUCCUGGAAACCCCUUCACUUCUCGCUACUGGGCAAUCGGGCCGCGGCCCGCCUCUUCUACUUCUAGCCCGCCCCUGUCGUGGCCAUCCAAGGAACCUUUUUGGGUGGGAUAUAGACAUCAGCAUUCCCCGGACCAAGACCGUGAGCCAAAGGGCGGAGAAAUACAGAGGAGUCGGACUCAGGACCCCGGACAGCGCCCCGAGCAUGGCUGACUCGAAGUCUCUCGCAUCUCUCCAACGCCCCCGACCCCCCUCUGGGGGGCUGAAGGCGCUGCUGCUAUUGCUGCUCACAGACUGGGCGCUGCUCCGUCCGGCACUGCCUCGCACCCUGCUCUGGCUCCUGCCCACUGGGCCUCCGCUGCUCCGGGUCUGGGGGGCUGGCUUGGGCCGUUGGGGUCUGUUGUGGCUGGGCUUGCGCUGGACCACCAACAGAGAAAGGGCCGGCGCUAAAAGCUGGAGGAGUGCUCUAGGGCCCCUGGUGGCAGCGCUGGGGUUGACUCUGCCCGGGCUCGCCUCGUUCCGGGCUCUAAUUGGAAGGGACGCUCCAAGUAGCGGAGGUGGGGUCGGGCCGCUGUAUUGGGGGAGCCGACUCGACGCUUUCGCUCUCAGCUAUGCUGCGGCACUGCCGGCGCUCGUCCUAUGGCAGAAACUUGGAAACCUUUGGACGCUGUCCGAUCCCAUGGGUUCGGGGUACAUCAUGCACCGGCUGCUGGGCUUUCUGGGCCCAGAACUGCGACGCUUCCCACUAGUGAUGUUCUUCCUCGUGUUGUCCUGUCUAGGAGAGAUGGCUAUUCCAUUCUUUACUGGUCACCUCACAGACUGGAUCCUGCAGGAUGAAGCAGCUGCUAUCUUCAACCACAAUGUAGUUUUCAUGUCGAUUCUGACACUAAUCAGUGCUUUGUUAGAGUUCUUGGGUGAUGGAAUUUAUAAUUACACUAUGGGCCGAGCCCACAGCAACCUUCAAGGACAAGUGUUCCGGGCUGUGCUGUCCCAGGAGACUGACUUUUUUCAACAAAACCAAACAGGUGCUAUCACGUCUCGGGUGUCAGAGGACACAGCCAUGCUGAGUGAGUCCCUCAGUGAGAAACUAAGCUUGCUCUUGUGGUAUUUAUUUCGAGGACUUUGCCUGUUGGGAUUUAUGAUGUGGGGGUCCUUGACCCUCACUCUGGUCACGUUGAUUGCUUUGCCUGUGCUUUUCUUCUUGCCCAAGGAGCUGGGUAAGUGGCAUCAGUCCCUGGCAGUCCAAGUGCAGACAUCGCUGGCAGAGUCAAGCCAGGUGGCUGUGGAGGCCCUAUCUGCCAUGCCCACUGUGAGAAGCUUUGCCAAUGAGGAAGGAGAAGCACGGAGAUUUGCCCAGGAGCUCCAGAAGACACAAAAACUUAACCAGAAGGAGGCCAUGGCCUAUACUUUCAACAUGUGGACCACCAAUCUCUUAGGACUCUUGCUCAAGGUGGGAAUUCUGUACAUAGGGGGAAAGAUGGUAAUCCAUGGGGAUGUGAGCAGAGGAGACCUUGUCACCUUUGUUCUUUACCAGAUCCAAUUCACCACUGCUGUUGAGGUACUGCUGUCCACAUUUCCUACUGUACAGAAGGCUGUGGGAUCUUCAGAGAAAAUCUUUGAGUACUUAGAGCGGGUACCCCAGUGCCCGUCCAGUGGUUCCCUGGCACCUCUUAGCCUGCAUGGCAUUGUAGAGUUCCAAGAUGUCUUCUUUGCUUACCCCAGCCAACCAGAUGUCUUUGUCCUACAGGGAGUGACAUUCACUCUGCACCCUGGGAAGGUGACAGCGCUUGUGGGGCCUAACGGAGCUGGGAAGAGCUCAGUGGCUGCAUUACUGCAGAAUCUGUAUCAGCCUUCCCAGGGCCAGGUGCUGCUGGAUGGGGAGCCGCUGCCUCAGUAUCAGCACCGGUAUCUGCAUUCACAGGUGGCUGCAGUAGCACAAGAGCCACAGAUGUUUGGACGGAGUCUGUAUGAAAAUAUAGCUUAUGGGCUAAAUCGGAAACCAGAGCUAGAGGAGGUCAUGGAAGCUGCCAGGGAGGCUGGAGCUCACAGUUUCAUCUCUCAGUUGCCCAAAGGCUACUACACAGAGACUGGGGAGUCUGGGAGCCAGCUAUCAGGUGGUCAGCGGCAGGCUGUGGCCCUGGCUCGGGCUCUGAUCCGGAAUCCCCGGGUCCUGAUCUUAGAUGAUGCCACUAGUGCCCUGGACACAGACAACCAGUUAUGGGUGGAGCAUAUUCUGUAUGAGGCCCCCAGGAAGCUCCCUCAGGCCGUGCUCCUCAUCACCCAGCGCCUCAGCUCUGUGGAAAGGGCUGACCAGAUUUUCUUCCUGGAAGAGGGGGUCAUUCAGGAGAGCGGCACCCAUAGACAGCUCAUGGAGCAACGGGGCCGAUAUUGGACCAUGGUGGAGGGCAGAGUGGGGAGCUUAGCUCCUCAGGAAUGAGGGACAUACUUGAAUGGCCAUUGUGAAAGAGCUACAGCUCUUCUCUCACCUACUGAAAGUGUUGUCACUGAGGAAGAAUGUCAGCUUCUUUAUAUCCCAUGAUGUGAUCUAGCAGUUCCACAAAAUUUUUUAUCCCAGAUUUAUAUUCCUCCUAAUUAUUUUCCCACACUCAUUAUGAAUUCCUUUAAUUUAGGGCUUUCUCUUUUAGAUUUUGAAUACUAGUGAACAGAAAAGCAAAGAAGCCUUUAAUGAGAACAGCUUAGAAUUCCUUCAUUUUUUUCAACAAACAUUUAUUAAGCAUCAACUAUAUGUCAACACUGUUUUAGGCACUGGAGAUAUGAAGAUAGAACAAAACAGGUCUUGUCUCAAAGGAUAUUUUGUUUUAUUGCAGCCUAAUUCUAGACUUUGUAGAGCACAGCUAAUCACAGUCGUUAUAGCUCAUAUAUUAGAGCUUUUCAAGGUCUGUAAGUUGAAGGGACAUUGAAAGUGAGGGUGAAAGUUAUUAGAGAGAUUGACUGGGGUAUUUCCAUGUACAAAGUGGUGAUGGGCACUGGAAGAUUCACUUUUUGUUCAGCUGACAUAGAAGUAUUGUGGAAAUGUUUGGUGUUGAGCAUAAACUUAGUAUUUUGCUAAAUUUUGUGUUUCUUUAGUCUUUCAGGCUGCAUGAAAUAGCUCAAUGUUUCUGCAGUUCCUCUCCUAGAUGCCAUGACAGCUAACUUUGGAAUUCCCCAACCCCAGCUUUCCUUGUCUCUGAUCUCCUAAAAGGGUGUGCCCAGAGGUAUUUGGAGUUAGAUGAUUCAGGGGUUCAAUUUUUCAUUUGUCAGUUAUGUAACUUUGGGUCAGUCGCUUCAACCUUUUGAGCCCCUUUCUUCUCUUCCAUUUUCAAUCUAUACUUAUUGUUGUCUUUCUUGCUAUCUAGAAAUAAACCUAGAUGUCCCCCAUCCCUUCACAUCCUGCCAUCCUCUAAAUCUAUACUCCUAUUUCUCUCCUCCAUUUAAUGUCCAAACUCAUAUCCAAAUUCUUCUGAAUUCACUAGCUUCAUUUCUUCCCCUAUCACUCCCUUUUCAGUUUCAUGUCAUUUGGCUUCUUCCCUCCUCUCUCCAUUGUUCAGUUGAAAUUGUUCUCUCCAAGGUUAAAGAAAAUAUUUGAAUGACUAACAUCAGUGAAUUUUUCUCAGUUCUCUUCACCUGCCUUCAAUUUUUUAUAUUGUUGUCAGUUUCUUCCUAGAUAUAUAUUCUCAUCUAUAUGUUCAUGAUAGUACUCUUUCUUAGUUCUCCUAUCUAUCUGGCCACUCGCUCUAACUUUCCUUUGCUCUAUCUCAUCUUGCUCCCCAAGCAUGAGUAUUUCCUCGAUCUCUUCUGAUCUUUUUUUUCUUUUUUUAGAAUUGGGCAUUUCAUCAGCUCCCAUGGGGUUCAGUUCCUUCUUUUCAGAAAACCUCUUCAUUUCUAUGGCCUGUCAUCAUUUCUCUUAUGAGGCGAAAUUCCCAUUUUAAGUGUCUACCCAUCUCCAAUUCCAUGAUCCUUAGGUAUCUCAAAGUCAACAUAUCCAGAAAGUGAACUAAUUGUCUUCCUUUCUUAACCUGUCCCUCUCCCAAACUUUCCUAUUACAUCUGAGGGCUCCAGCACCCUUGUAGUCAUGUAGAGUUUUAACCAAUUUCAUAGUCAUCCAUGAAACUUCAAUCUCAUCUAUUCCAACAAUUGUCAAAGCCUAUUAUUUCUUUCCCUACAUCUCCUUUUCACAUCUUUUCAAGCCAUAAUUCUACUUUUCAUUUUUCUUCACUUUUUCUUGGACUCCUGGGGUAACCAUCUAAAUAAUCUAUCUUUUUCCACUAUUUUGUUUCUACAAUCUAUAUUUCUCACAACUACUAAAAUAAUCUUAAGGCAUACAUUUGACUAUUACCUUUCUUAUGCUGAACCCUGAUCAUAAAAAAAGUAUCCAAUGACACCUUAUUGACUAUAGAAUAAAAUACAACAGUCUUCAUUUGGCACUCAAAGUCUUUCUCAAAUAGGUGCUAGCUUGUUUUUCAAGAUAUUUCAUUUCACUAUCCUCCAUUUAUUCCAUAUUCCAGGAAAACUUGCUUAUUUGCCGUUUUUGAACAUCAAGUUCAAAAGUUCAAUAUCAAAUUGAAUUGAACCUGUCUAGGACUUCGUACAGUGUCAUUUCACUCUUGGAAAUCUUUCCUUCUUCACUUUUCACUUUUUUUUCUUGUUUAAGUUUCAGCUUGAGUUUUACUUUCUGUGAAAAGACAUUCUUAAUUCCCAUUUGUCCUUCCCUACAUUUGCAAAUUAUGUGAUUUUUAUAUGUUCAUAUAUUGAGAUCCUAAGGAAACUGUAAGGAUCUGGAGGAAAGAGACUGUAUUCAGUUUUAUAUUUGUAUCCUCCCCCCACCAAAAUUGCCUUGUCAUUUUUGGGGGCUUGUCUCUCAAGCUGCUUAGACACUUUGUGUUGGUUGUAUCUUCAUUUGAAAGGGGCAAGAAUGUAGUUAUAUGGGAGAGAAGAGAGGUCUCAUCUUUUAAGCUUAGCUGAUCUCUGCCAUUUUCUCUUCCACUCCUCUGCAUAAAAGAAAAAAUAUAAUAUUUGAAAACUGGGGAAUAUUGAAACUGAGGGCUGUUUGGUACUUACUAGGCAAAUAACCACCACACACUUUAUAAUCUAUUCUUUAGAAAUUAAAAUUGAGAAUAGCAUACCCACCAUAAGCAAGGCUGAAAUCUUUGAUAGAGGGACUCAAGUGACCUGGCCCAGGAAUACAAACCUAGAGAAAAAACUUCAGCAGAAAUUGUUAGAUAUGGUGAAGGAACCCAAAACUUUGGUUAGUAUAGCAUCAAGGGAGAAAGAAUAAAAGCUGAGGAACAAAAGAAUAGGCUUCUUAGUACUAUGCUAGAACAAGAAAUCAAUACUCCAUCUAGAGUUCUUAAUUUGAGAUCCACUAACAUGUAUUUGAAAAAUAUUUUUGUAUCUCAAUAUAUUUGGCUUCCUUAGGAAAGUCUCAGUAUUUUAUUUAAUGCUUUAAAAAUAUUAUUCUGUGUAGAGUUCCACAUGAUUUAAUGGAUUGAGAAGGGGCUGGAUGACACAAAAAAGAUUAAAGAAGAAAGUCAGAAAAACCAGUGAAGAGAUAUCCUGCUAGUCUCAGGGAACAGUUUCUGAGUUUUCCCAAGAGGACUAGAAAAGACCUCUACUCUUUAAAUCAAAAGAAAAUGGCCACUUUUUUUUUCUCGUUGAGGAAGAGAGAGCUAAAGAUUUCUAUUGAAUGAAUAACUGGAGGUGAUAAGUAGCAUCCAUCUGAGCAAUAUUAGGGUGAGACUGAGAUACCACAAGUAUGCCCCUCAAGUAGACCUCAUGGGAGCAGCUCAGUAACAUGACCAACUCUCUAGUCACACAUGUUCUUUGCAUGUGCUCCCAACCCUCCACAUUCUCUAUAUUUGUCCACUCUAAACUGUGCUGUAUAAAUUUGUAGCACCCCAGAUUUAUGCCAGAAAUGUUUUGUUGCUGUGUUUCUUAAUGUGUCACAUCAUGAAAUGUAUUUAAUUUUCAAUGAUUAUUUCUUUGGGUUGACUAUUAAAGUUAAACACUUUUAUGGGGCCCAUGAACCAUGCUAUUGAGAAACAGGCCCUCAGAGUUCCUUGAAACUAGAGAAUACUUUUUUUUUUCUUUUUGA